UUGGUUGGCAGCAGUGAAGAUGGCGGCGUCAGGGAGGAGUACAUUAUUAUCCUCCAACAACAGUGGACUAAACAGCACAGCCGAACAACCAAACACUGAAGACGAAGAUGGACAGGAUUUAUGGUCUGCUAUUCUGAGCGAAGUAUCGACUCACUCCAGAUCUAAACUACCGUCCGGGAAAAAUGUGCUGGUCAUGGGGGAGGUGGGUUCGGGGAAGACCACCCUGGUUGCUAAAUUACAGGGUGUGGAGGACUUCCUGAAGGGGCGUGGCCUGGAAUACCUCUACUUUAGUGUCCAUGACGACGACAUUGACGACCAAACCAGGUGUAAUGCCUGGGUGUUAGAUGGGGAUCUGUACCAUAAAGGUCUGCAGUCUGUUGCCGUGCAACGAGAGGCGCUUGGUGACUCGUUGCUAUUGAUUACUGUGGACCUGUCGCGGCCGUGGGUCGCCAUGGAAUCGCUUCAGAAGUGGGCGGCUGUCGCUAGGGAACAUAUCGACAAGCUCCGGGUCCCCCCGGAAACACUGAGGGAGCUGGAGAACAGAAUGGCCAGACAGUUCCAGGAGUAUGUGGAUCCUGGCUGGGAGGAGAGCGCCCCCCAGAGGAGGAGUGAGGAGGAGGAGAACGUUCUGCUGCCGCUCGGCGAAAACACACUCACACACAACCUGGGACUACCCAUGGUGGUGGUCUGCACUAAGUGUGAUGCCAUCAGUACGUUGGAGAAGGAGUAUGACUACAAAGACGAACACCUGGACUUCAUCCAGUCAUACAUCAGACGCUUCUGUCUACAGUACGGAGCAUCUCUGCUGUAUACGUCGGUUAAGGAGAUGAAGAAUGUGGAUGUUCUGUAUAAAUACCUGGUUCACAGACUCUACGGUUUCCCCUUCCACUACCCUGCUCAACUGGUGGAGAAAGACACAGUCUUCAUUCCGUCAGGAUGGGAUAAUGAAAAUAAGAUAUCUAUCCUCCAUGAGAACUUCCAAACGCUGAAACUAGACGACAUCUUUGAGGAGGUUAUCGUCAAACCGCCUGUCAGAAAGUUUGUUCAUGAGAAGGAGAUUCAGGCUGAAGAUGACCAGGUGUUUCUGCUCAAGCUGCAGUCGCUGCUCUCCAAACAGCCUCCUGCAUCUGCCGGACGACCAGGGGAGUCCAGCAGUAGUAGAGGUCCCAGUGGUUCCCCCAGGACCAGUAAUCGUUCAGCUGCAGCCAACGUAGCUAACACCAUGCCCCAAUCAGCAGGUCAGACCAGUGAGGGGGUGCUGGCUAACUUCUUCAACAGUCUUCUGACCAAGAAGGCCGGAGCAUCGCCGCCGGGCAACAGCACACCAGGGACUGUUCGCAAGUCAGGUUCUAAGCUGGGUCUGAGUGAUGUCCAGGCAGAGUUGGACAGGAUCAGCUGCAGAGAGAAUGAUGAGACCAACAACAGCAACACUAACAACCCUAACCCCAGUACUGAGACCAACGAAGAACAGACAUGAACAGACCACCUCCCUCUUCCUCCCCCCUACCUCACCCCCCCCCAGACCAUAUGUGAAGAGAACAAACCUCACCCUCCACCCCCCCAGACAUACCCCAAACCAGACCACAUGAAAAAUCCACCUCCCCUACCUUACCCCCUCCUCACACCCCCAGGCCAUACAUGAAGAGACCAGACCUCACUCUCCUCCCAUUCUCACCUCUCCUGACCCCUCCUCCUAACCCCCCAGUGAGACCACCACACACCAGAAAUGAAGACACGUCAGCCAUACCUCAUUCCCCAGACCAUACAUGAAGAGACCAGACCUCACCCCAACAGGCCAGAACAGAUUAGAUAUGAAGACCUUCUUCAGGAUGGAGAAGUAUGGGGAUGGAGAGGAGGGAGGAGGAAGAAGGGAGGAGGAAGAAGAGAGAGAUGGAGGGAGAGUGGGAGCAGAAGGGGGAGAGAGAUGGACAGGUAUGGGGAUAGAUGGAUGGAUGGAUAGAGAGAGAGAGAUGGACAGGUAUGGGGAUAGAUGGAAAGAGGGAGCAGGGGGGAGAGAGGGAGCAGGGGGGAGAGAGCGAUGGACAGGUAUGGGGAGAGAGGGAGCAGGAUGCAG